CUUAUGUUGUAUUGCGUUGAAUUGAGGUGUUCGAUAUCUAUCUAUCUUACGUAGGUUGAUAAACAAACACCAACAUAGUGCAAAGAAGAUGAUGAGCUACAUUCGCGGUUGCCACGCCCUUGUGAUGGUUCUUGUCUUGGUGGUGCUUGGUUCUUCUUCAUCUUCUUGGGUAGCUGGACAAGAGGAGCAGGUCUCUUUAAUGUUGCAGUUAUCAAGCAGAGAUGAAGUGGUGCAAAUGGCUGGCUAUGGAGAAGAGAAACUAUCCACCGUCCUCAUUACAGGCUCUGUUAAUUGCCAGGCCCGUUUCCAUAAUGGAGAUCAACCUCAUGCAUGGCCUAUACCAGGAGCUUGGGUUGGUGUCCACUGCCACAGCUCUGCGAGUGAGCGGAAAGGAAAAUCAAUGGAAGUGCGAGGUGUGACCGAUGAAUUUGGCGAUUUCAUGGUGGACCUCCCUUCACACCUUCAUUCUAUUCCUAACUUGGAAAAUAUAUGUGUGGUGAAAGUUCAUCGAAUUCCAAAAGGAUCACUUUGUCAGCCAGCUCAUGUCAAGAAACACAAAGGAGUACUUGAGCUCUCUUCAAUUGGGAAUGGCAUUCGCACCUACGAUGCCGGAAGCAUAAGGAUCCUGCACCAUUGAUCAGCUAAUUUGCUCAGCCAUGACUCACUUGGUUUCAACAAAGUGAUUCCAAACUGUGAGUACAUCAGAAGAAUUGGGAUUCAGCAUAUAUUAGUAUUAUUAAGAGCACCAUAACUCAUUUGGAUGGCGCUAUAGUCACAUUACUGGGUUACAUGGCUUUACUUAGCUUCUCGCAAUGUACUUACUACACAUAGUGUAUAUGAAUCCAUAGCAACAUCAUUUUGUAAAGUAUACAGUGGCUGCAAUUUGAGAAUUGUGUGAGAUUGUUAUAUGUGCUGCGUGUAACGACCUCUUUUAUUCGGUCUUGUAUAAAAAAAUUAAACCAGGCUCCAAAAAAGUGUUUGGCGAAGAUGAAUAUUAAAUCAUGGAAUU